GCGGGGCGGGGCGGUGCCGGGCGCGCGUCGCGGGCUGAGGCGGAGGGACGGGGCCAAGAUGGCGGCGCCCGUCCUGCUGCGGGUGUCGGUGCCGCGCUGGGAGCGGGUGGCGCGCUCCGCCGUGUGCGCCGCCGGCAUCCUGCUGUCCCUGUACGCCUGCCACCUGGAGCGCGAGAAGGGCCGCGACAGCCACUACCAGGCCCUGUGCGACCUCAGCGAGAGGGUGCGCUGCUCCGCCGCCAUCACCUCCAGAUGGGGUCGAGGAUUCGGUCUCUUGGGCUCCAUCUUUGGGAAGGACAGUGCAAUAAAUCAGUCAAACAGUGUUUUUGGCCUGGUGUUUUAUAUACUACAAAUGCUACUUGGUAUGACAGCCAGUGCAGUAGCAGCUCUAAUCCUCAUGACAUCCUCCAUAGUGUCUGUAGUAGGGUCUCUGUACUUGGCAUACAUUCUGUACUUCGUGCUGAAGGAGUUUUGCAUUGUCUGCGUGCUCACAUAUUUGCUGAACUUCAUUCUCUUUAUCAUCAACUACAAACGACUAGUUUAUUUGAACGAGGCCUGGAAGAGGCAACUCCAACCCAAACAGGAAUAACCCCUGCUGGAACUUUUGACUGACAGUCUGAAGACCCAACUUCCAUUAAGUUUAUUUUGCAGUAAUUUUUUUAUUCUCCAUAUCAGACACUUUUUGCCCCCCCUUUCCCCCACGAGAAUCAUAAUGGAAAUUUUGAAUUCUAAAUUUCAAGGGGCCCCAGAUAAUUUCUCUGUGCUAAUCUUCGGUUUCAAUGCGGUUAUGAAAGAAAGCUCUAUAACAAUCAAAGACAAGCUUUAACUUUACUUUGAAGGAGUUUUAGCCACAGCAAAACCUAGACUCUGUCUCUUCUCCCUCCACUUGUGAAGUGGGUAACACUUGCUAUUAAAUAUCCUGUAUAUAAAUUCAGGUAUAACAAGAUGUGAUCAUGACAUGAAAUACUCUAGACUAGCAUCACCAUAUUUAAUGUUGCCAUGUUUACAGUAAAUGUAUUUUUUCUUUUUUUUUUUUUUCUUUUUUUUUCUUUUUUUUUUUUUUUUUUAAAGCUGAUGGACUUAGAUUUGACUAGGACUUAUACUGUAAAUAAAAUUAGAACUCUUGGUUUCAUCCCUGGAGAACUCACUGUCCCAUGGGUUUGGUGAGGAGCUGUCAGAGGGUUCAGCUCAGAGUCGACUGACAAGAUGGAAGAAGUGACCUCUAAAGAACAUGGAGUUGCUGCUCUCACUGUUGUGCUUUCACAGGAAUGAUGCUUGGGGUUGGUUCCAUUUUUUCUUCUUUUUUUUUUUUUUUU